UGCCAAGAUGGCCACCAAUCCAGCUCUUGCUAUUGCUGAAAUGGAGGACCAGUCGGCGUCCUCCUUGAGUACUCUUCCUGCGCAGCUCCAGGAAGCCGAGCACGCGAGACACGAAUCUGCCAAUGAAACCGCCAACGUCGUCCAGAAUGAUAUUGCGCUGAAGAGCAAGGACGCUCACAGCGAUGAUACUGAAGCACCGACCAUCCGUCCCGUUACUCCGGCUAACAUGAUUACGCUUCCUGCGGGAGAUUCUACCGCUGCCACAACUGAGCAGUGGGCCACCCCAGCCAGUCGUCUGUCUUACACCACAGCUCUUGAUGAUAACGAUGCAGGUGAUGGUCAGCGGAGUCAGUCUUGAUUAUCGCAACACGAUGAUUGCCAUUGCUGAAGUGGAGAGAUCCGGCCAUCGAUAGUAGGACGGUGUGAUUCUGUGGCGAAGAAGGAUGGAGUAUGGCACCUCAACACAAUUUGGCACACCAUGAUGACGCUCAGGAAGAGCAAGGAAUGUUAUGAAUAAAGGCGGUGGUUUUGUGGCUUGGAGAAAGUCUCGGCAAG